GCAAUGGUUGUCCACUCCCUUCCCGGAAUUAAUUGAAACUCUGCGUUUUGGGUUGCACGGGCUACGAAGGGGGUUGCACGGCCGUGCGGUAUGGCCGUGCAAUCGCGGGAAGCUGCAUAUAAACCCAAUUUCGAGUUUUGGAGAAGGGGAAUCAAAUUUUUGGAGCAAAAACAGAGUUCUAGAGAGAGAAAGUGCGAAGAACAAACCCUAGGAGCUAUUUGGAGCAGAUCUCACUAUUGAAGCCCAUAUUGCAUCCUCCGAAGUGAAGAUUGACAUCCUAGAGCAUAUUAUUCCCAUCUUUAUGAGGGUUGUCCUGAAGUGAUUUAAGAGAGGCCAAGCAAGCAACAUUCUCAAGUUGGUCAAGCUUAAAGCCAAAGUGUGAUAACGACGAACAUUGAAGGUAUGACACUCGGACCAAGUCGUGUUAACAAAAGGAAGGGAGAUGUUAGGGACCAAUUACCACCUACAACUAGAGUAACUCGAAGAACACAGCAGCAGACAGAACCAGCUGAAACCAAUGUGCCACCUAGGAGAAAUGUUGAGCCAGUGCCAAGAUCCAUGACAAACGACAGAACUAUUGAGACUGAAACUGUAGAGAAGGGAGCUCCAGCUACAGAAACAGCUCCAGAAUGUCCGCCACACAAGAAAAAAUGUGGAAAAGCAAAAGGACUUGAAGUGGUAAAGCUGACCCGAGAUGGCAGCAAGAUUGGCGGGAUUCAAGUUGCCGCAGGAGCAAAAAAGAGUAAGUUUGAAAUCAAUAUGACUAACGAGGCUAUGAGGAGGGCGGUAAACUAUUCCCUGUCUAGGAGUUUCACUCAGUUUAAGCACCAUUUCCAUUCUCAUUACCAGGCUUUAGGUGCGGACAAUGCUCGGCAAACACCUCUUGCAAAUAUCAGUAUGGAUGAUUGGUUGCUCUUAUGUGAGCAUUUUGAAUCUCCACAGUUCAAGGAAAAGGAAGCAGCAACCCAGACAAAUAAGGACAACACUGGUGAAGUAUCUGAUGACUGGAGAAUGAGACUGACCAAUUAGAUGAUGUAGAGGAAGAGUCUAAGGAAAUUAAGGUAUAUGCAGCCACACACAAGAGGACUGAUGGAAGCUGGGUUAAUGAACAACCUCAUCAAAACUUUAAGGAGAUGAAUAGAAUGUAUGUUGCAUCUGUACAAGAAGGGAAACCAUUGUCUGGUGCUGAGGUUGCUCGAUUGUGUUGUAAAAAGCACCAAGUUAUGCGAUGAAAGAGAAACCACCUACCGAAGGCGAGAAGGUCCUUGAAGCACGUUUAGAAAGUUCUUUGGCUGCUACAGACCAACUGAGGAAAUUUUUUUUGAGGAAAAAUAAAAUCCCAACAGCAACAGAUUCAAUCCCAGCGGCAGCAAAUAGCAUCCCAACAAGAGGAGAUACAAGGUCAAAACCAGACCAUACAGUCAUUGCGCUCUUCUCAGGUUGAGAUGAAGAAGUAUGUUGACUCACAACUAGCUAAACUUAGGAGCGUUUAGUUCAAGG